GAAUCACAGAAAUCAAUAACAACCGAAAAUAUCGUACCUAGUGUAGUUAUAGCACCGGAAGUGGCAGCAAUCGAGAGUUAUUCCGUAAGUGGUAGUAGCGGUAUAGCACUAGAUGAAGAAGUACCGGAACCAGCAGUACCAAUUCUCAUGAAAAUGAAGCAGAUGAACACCUCAAAUGAGCUAGACUCGAGAUCUGUUGCCUCGAUUCGAACUGCUUCUAGUAGUUCUGGUGGUGCACCUAGUGAUAGCUUUAGUCCUCGGUCAAAUAAAUCGCGUGAAAAUAGCGUUCCAGCUGAAGAUGACGAGAAUUUAGAUCUCUGGGCUGUUUGGGGAAGUCUUAUCAAAAAUUGGGAAACAGAGAGUCGAAAAAGGCCAAAUUAUAUCAAAGAAUUAGUACGUUGUGGAAUUCCGCAGCAUUUCCGUACAAUUGCAUGGCAGUUGUUAAGUGACGCUAACGUAUCCGCAAUUCAUGAUAUUUAUGCAGACUGUAUGAGAAAAUCUUCACCAUAUGAAAAAGUGAUAUUACGUGAUAUCCCUCGUACUUAUCCAGAAUUGGAAUUUUUCAAGGAUAAUGGUCGUGGCCAGCAAGCUCUCUUCAAUGUAAUCAAAGCAUACAGUAUUCAUGAUACGGAAGUAGGAUACUGUCAAGGAAGUGCCUUCAUCGUUGGCCAGUUACUAUUGCAGGUACUGUUCAUACUUUUAUUAUAA